AUGUUAAUCUAUCUUGAGAGCAACUUUUCAGUUUUGAAUAAAUUUAGAUUCCCAAGGGCAAGAGUUUUGGUAUUAAUUCCUAGUUCUAUUCCUCCCUCUUUCUUGUCAUUUAAACAAGCAUUGUCUUGUAUUACAAAUAUUCAUCCCAAAAUUGACACCGUGGAGUAUUUUGAAGAAUUUAUUCGUAUUCUCCCAUAUUUCGCCAAUCUUCAAAAGAUUGAGGUUGAUCUUAAUAUGGUUUGGAAACACGCUGAUGAUAAAACGUCAUCUGCUUUGCAUAAGCUUGAAUGCUCUCAUAAGGUUGUUCAAGAAUUGAAAGCCUUGCCAACGGUUAGUCGUCAUCAAUUGCAUGACUGUGUCGCUAAAAUUUUAUCAACAGAAGAUAGUCAACUUGUUGACAUUUUCACUAAUUUAUAUGAUGAUCCUGUGGGAUAUUUAUCUGAAGCGAUGAAAUAUUACAAUAAUAACGAUAAAGAACAAAUUUUCACAAUGUUGUGUUUACAAGAGGCCUUUUUUGCUACUUUAUCGAAGCUUGAUCAACUUCAAGCAUUGACUUAUAACAUUAUUGAAAUUUCCAUUGUUGCUUGUAAAUCUGCCAAGUCGCCUUAUUCCUUUUUGCGCCAAUACCCUAAUCUUGCACUUCAAAAAAUAAUGGGAGAAUACAGCAAUUCUUUGAAUCUCAAGUAUGUGAUUUUAUUUUAUAAAGCAAGCUUUGAAACAGAUGUCAAUUUAAAUUCAUAUGAUUCCGGUCCCAUUGGAAAAUUGAUUGAUGAUAAGGCUUUUUCCAUCUCUGAUUGUUUUUCCUUUAUCCCAAGACCUUGUACAAUUUACUUCAAUAGUGUUAUUUCUUUUAUCGAUGAUUUGAAUGUGAAGUUUGAUUUUAAUUUAGACAAGUAUUUUAAGGGAACAAGAUCGGAAUUAUGCAACACUUACGAUGAGUCUCUUUUUGACAUUCAGAUCACUUUGUAA